AUGAUGAGCAAUGCAUUUGAUGAUCAGUACCUAGGCUGUGCACGGCAGAUGGAGCGGGAAAUGGCAAAGGUUCUGGAGCAGGAGAAGAAAUACAGGCCAUUGGCUAUAAUGUGGUACUUGGCAGAGCAGAGGUGGGCGAUCGUUAAACAAUCCAACAUUUUCCCACCCGACUUCAAGGAUGAGUAUGGGAUAUCACUCAUUCUGUACACCAAGGAGAGCCCCUUCCCCAUCUACCAACAGCUGAACCGCAACGUGUCCAUCGCCGGACGAUCGCGGCAGCACUAUAUGGACCGAUUCCAUUUCAAGGCUCUCCAUUUCUAUCUCACCAGGGCACUGCAAGUACUGGGCGGCGGCUGUGGUGAUGGCUCGCAGGCUUACCGUGGAUCUUGGAUGAAGUUCAAGAACGUGUCAUCGGACCUGCGGUUUGGGCAAUUUGCAUCAUCAUCUCUGAGCAGAAAGACCGCCCAGAGGUUUGGCAUCAACACCAUGUUCACCAUAUUCACCUGUUUUGGUGUAAACGUGGAGUCUUUCUCAGACUUUAUGGAGGAGGAGGUUCUGAUUCCAGUGGCAGAGACGUUCCAUGCUAUAAAAACAUCAGAAACAUUGUAUGUGCUGAGGAGCAGCGGUCAGCAGUGCAGCUACUACAACUGUGCGUACUUAGGAGGUGAGCAGAACCGGGGCUCACUUUACUGGCCUGAUGUGUCGACCACUACGUCUCAUUACUAUGGUGGACCCAGUCUUAUUGAUUCCUGCUUUAGUUAUUCUAGCCCUAUAUGGCACUACGUCCCUUUGCUCGCUACUUUAGUGGUACUAGCCCUACAUGCCACUACUUCCCAUUACUAUGUUGGACCCAGUCUUAAUGCUCUCUAUUUACUAGUAUUAGCCCUAUGUACAUCAGCUUCCUAUUACUAUGGUCGAUUCAGUCUUAUUGCUCCCUACUUUAGUGGUACUAGCCCUAUAUGCCUCUACUUCCCAUUGCUAUAUGGUGGUCCCAGUCCCAUUGCUCCCUACUUUAGUGGUACUAGCCCUAUAUGCCUCUACUUCCCAUUGCUAUGGUGGUCCCAGUCCCAUUGCUCCCUACUUUAG